AUGAAUAGAGCUUCAGGGGAGGCUGAAGAAUACUCCUGGGUCAAGUUCGUUAUCGGAAUCGAUGAUCAGAUGGGUACUCUUUACGCUGGGCUCAGGAGGCUUGUGGAGGUGAUGGAAAACACGGCAUCUUGCCUUCAGAGUCCGGAGGUAGCUGGACGCUGGUCGUACACUAACGCAAGGUACAAUGACUCUGCCUACAAGUACACCAUCCUCCCUCUCGACAAGUCGCAGGAGGGAGGAAAAAUCUCCUUUAAGGUCUUUUAUGUGCAAUCUGAUGACCAAGACGAAGACGAGAGCGCGAUCUACAGACGGAUCGGGAUGGGAGGAGGAGUGUUGACUCAACCCACACAAGAUCAGCCUGCAGCCAUUGGUCAUGGGGAAGAUAACCCCCUCAUCCCCCCUCAGCGCGAGACUGAUCGCGAGCAGGAUCGCGAGCUGGAUCGCGAGGGCUGA